UUUGGUCGAUCCAAAGCCAAAUGGACGCGCGCAGGCUCUGCCAUGUGUUUUUGUGUUCAGUGAGUGGCAUUGCGUUUUGAGAGCUUUUUUCAUUAUUGUGCGAUAUUUGUGAAGUACUGUCACCUUCCGUGUCGUAUAAAACGUCUCGCCAUGCCUUCUGCGGAGGCGAAAAAGUAUGAAGUUCCCAGUGGCUUUUCUGCUACCACUGAUAACGUUGCUCUCCCAGCAGAAGAAAUUUCAUCAGACGAGCACCGUGUGUGGCUCAUCCAGACUCCGACUGACAUUAACAUUUCAAACCUGGAUGGAGUGAAGAUUUCGCUUCGAGGUGGGGAACACACCGAGGUCCAGAUUGGAGACAAUAGUUACGAAUUCACGAGAAAAGAACAUCACAGCGACACUCAGCGGAUGUCUGUUUUGUUACAAGACGAAGGACAUGAGCAGCUAACACUUGCUUCAGGCAUCUUUUCGGGCACGGCUACUCUUACAAAGAAGGCAUUGUGCCCAGAGAAGCCACAGCCCACGAGCCCCUCAAAACGGCCACGGCUGGAUUACUCGGCACACGAGAUCGCCCGACAGCGUUUCGUGCCAUUUGGGUCUGACGAUGUUGUGACCCUCAGCAAACGACACAAGGACAAGGCGGAGAAGGUUAAAAAAAGCAAGAAGUCCAAGAAGUGACCUGUUAUCUUUGGGACAACACAGUUUUAAAGGACAUUUGGGCAUGACAUCGGGUGCUUUGACGUUGAAGUUGUAUGAUAAAGGUCUUUUCGCGAAAAAAAAAACAAAAAAAAGCAACAAUCUUUUCUGCAUAAUGAUGCUGCUGUGAUAAAUAAAGCUGUGAAUGUGCAGGAAUGCCACGUUGCACUACUGACAAAAUAA